GUUGUUUUUAGUGAAGUGAAGUGCUGCAAGUUAAAUGGUGUUCAGUGAAAUUUCAUUUGUUUUUUAAAUAUUUUUUUUUAAAUUAACAAAAUGAAUCAAAAUGGAAAAGGCGGUGGAUUUUCAAACGAAGGAUUCCAUGCGUCAGCAGAUGACAAACCAAAGCCCCACCUUGAAGCUAAUUCCGAUAAAAAGGCUGAUGAGGAUGUUGAAGAUGGGCAACCCGAACGGGCUAUGUGGGGAAAUCAAAUUGAGUUUCUCAUGUCCUGCAUAGCCACGUCUGUCGGCUUGGGCAACGUGUGGAGAUUUCCAUUCAUCGCGUACCAGAAUGGUGGUGGAGCCUUCCUCAUCCCGUACAUCAUUGUUCUGAUCCUUAUUGGAAAACCUAUGUACUACCUGGAGGGUAUCUUAGGUCAAUUCAGUUCGAGGAAUUCUGUUAAAAUUUGGUCAAUGUCACCAGCAAUGAAAGGGACGGGUUACGCACAAGCUCUUGGCUGUGGAUACAUACUGUCAUACUACGUCUCCAUCAUAGCUCUGUGCAUAUUUUAUCUCUGCAUGAGUUUCCAAGCAACUCUACCAUGGGCUGUAUGUCAGCCAGAAUGGGAGAAUUGCGUCGCGUCUGGCGUCGUUGAGAAUGUCGACGACAACGUUAACGGCACGAGCAGCGCUGAACUUUACUUCGUGAGAACAGUUCUACAACAGAGUGAUGGACUCGAAGGAGGGUUGGGACUGCCCAUAUGGUACUUAACCCUUUGUUUGUUCGGAGCCUGGUUCGUUAUCUUCCUGAUCGUGUCCAGAGGAGUGAAGAGUUCCGGAAAGGCUUCCUAUUUCCUUGCCUUGUUCCCAUACAUCGUGAUGAUCAUAUUACUGAUUACCACUCUGACAUUAAGUGGUUCUGGAAAUGGCAUCCUCUUCUUUAUAACGCCGCAGUGGGAUAAACUUUUGGAACUUAAUGUGUGGUACUCCGCCGUCACGCAAGUGUUCUUCUCACUGUCCGUGUGUACCGGCGCCAUUAUCAUGUUCUCUUCGUACAACGGCUUCCGGCAGAAUGUUUACAGAGACGCUAUGAUUGUGACUACGCUGGAUACGUUUACCAGUUUACUGUCUGGAAUUACGAUAUUCGGUAUUCUGGGUAACCUGGCGCACGUUCUUGGUAAAGAAGUCAAUGAGGUGGUGGGCUCCAGGGGCACUGGGCUUGCGUUCGUCACUUAUCCUGAUGCGAUUGCAAAAACCUUCCAGCCUCAGUUAUUCUCCGUCCUUUUCUUCCUCAUGAUGUUUGUGCUGGGCAUCGGAUCAGCCGUCGCUCUUUUAUCGACCAUCAACACUGUUCUCAUUGACGCCUUCCCCAGAGUCCGCACGCCCUAUAUGUCCGCCAUCUCAUGCACAUCUGGAUUUUUAAUCGGACUUGUUUAUGUCACGCCAAGUGGUCAAUAUAUUCUUGAGCUGGUAGACUACUAUGGCGGAACAUUUUUGGUUUUAUUCUGCGCAAUCGCUGAAAUUGUCGGGGUAUUUUGGAUUUAUGGUUUGGAGAACCUGUGUCUGGACGUCGAGUUUAUGUUGGGAAUCAAAACAUCGGUUUAUUGGAGGUUCUGUUGGGGCCUGAUCACUCCUGUCAUUAUGAUCGUUGUAUUCAUAUACGCCUUGCAAUCCAGUGAAGCGCUAUCUGUUGGAGAUUAUUACUACCCGACAGCCGCCUACGUUGCUGGGUACAUGAUGCUCCUCGCUGGUGUGUUAUUUGUCCCAAUAUUUUUGGGUAUCUCCCUCUACAAAAACAGGACUGGUAACUGUAAAUCGACUCUGAAGAGAUCGUUCACACCAAAGUCAUCUUGGGGUCCAAGGUCGUUAAGUCAAAAACGUGAAUGGAUGCUAUUCAAGAGUGAUAUUAAAGCUAUACAGGCUAAACAAAGAACUUCGUUAACAAAGCAUUUGUGGUUAAGUAUGACCGGUGGAUAUAAAACUGAAUAAAACGGCUCAGUAGGUCAUUAAGUAGGUUAACUUAGUAUUAGUGAAACGAAUUAAUUUAUUAUAAUUAUUGUAUAAGAUACAGUCGGCCGGUGGUGAGGAAAACAGACUGAGGACCUUCCAUCAAUGUGUGGCUUGCUCAGUCCAAACUGUUUGAUCUUUAAUUUAGUUGUAAAUAAAUAAAUAAAUCAUUUAUUUUGCUAGAAAACAUGUAACAAUGGGUGUAAAUAGUUUUUAUGUAUCAAUGUUAUCGGCCAUUUCUGGCAUGCAAAAUUAUUAUUAACCAUUAAUUCAUUUUUCGUUUCAUUACAAAAUUCUAGUUAUUAUUAUAAUUGAUUUAACAUUAAACAAACUCUAUAUUUCAAGCACUAAGGUCAAUUUAAAUUAUAAUUAUUAUUUUUAAAUGUCAUUAUUUAAAGACUAGAAUUAAUAUAUAUUUUAAAGUCAAUUUAAUUUAAUCUAAUGUGUCAACAUUUCAUUAUAAAAACAUUUAUCUAUAAGCCAUGUAAAAAGAUCCUUUUUUAAUCGUUGGACGGGUAAUACGCGUAAGCUUGGAGAGAGUUUAUUAAAUAUUUUUAUACACAUGACAUAGCUACAUUUUAGUAGGAUGCAUUAUGAAAUUUGUGUGCAAUCACCAGUCUGUCACGUUUUGUUUAGAGCCAUCCUAUGUAGAUGUUGGAUGUCGAGACCACUGUACUGUAUAAAUACCACUUGACAGGAUAUCCAUAUGUUUGACAGAAAUUAUUUGUGCCUAUUUGAAGCACCACUCGCGAGCGUCCAGAGAACUAAUUUUUCUAGUUAUUUAUACUUCAAGAAUCAACGUAAUAAACUUCACAAUUUUUUUUGUAAAUAGUUUCCCACCAUCUAUCGAUGUUUGCUAAGCUUGUCAUCAGUAGUUUUAGUACCGCAGACUCUCCAAAGAUGCGCCAAAAUGGCUAAUAUCAAACAGGCACAAAAGCACUUUGACAGCCGCCAGUCCAGUGGCUUAAAGUAGAGGUCAGUGGUCGAUACUCUUAUCUCUUCGGCCCCGAUUUCACCAUUGGAGUAAAACGCGAUUAGAACACUCACGCAAGCAAACAAGUUUACAGAUUCAAUUCUGAUUACACCAAAUCAAACUCAAUUUUAGCCUAAACGCGUUUAAAUCCUAACCGUCGAAUUUUUGAUGUUUAACUUGAUCCCGUUCAAGAGCUCUCACUAUCGUUAUCGUAAUAGAAAUAUUGACAUUUAACUAUUUUGAUUUUGUGCAUACUUACCAAUGACAGGUUAGACAUUUGGUAUUUGAUACAUCCUAUUGUUUAUGACAUGUAAACUCAGUUUACGUCAAUACGCUCAAAACAUAUUGGUGGAAUCGCUUUGUGGUUAAUCGAGAAAGAAAGACUGGCAUUUGAACUCGUUUACGUAAAAACUGGGUUUUGUUGAACUCAGUUUGAAGUGUCAUUGGUGAAAUCGGGCUUAGACCUUUUAUGAAAGCAAUCAUUAGUGUUUAAUAUUAUAUUUAAGUCUUAUUAUUACUGUUACAUUCUUUACUCUAUAUAAUAUUGUAUUAAUUAAAGUGAAACUUUUAUUAAAUCGUCUCAAACUUUUUCGUUGAAUGUCGCGUGACGGUCGGGCGGCGCCUAUAGUUCGCAGCAGCUGACCGUGUAGUGUAUAGACUAUUACUCAUUUGUGCCAGUGCUCCACGCUAUUUUUAGUUAAAUGUCUAUAAUGUGAAAAAAAGUUUCACUUUUACCGUGGUUUCAUACAACCACACAACCCUUUUUCAAUUUCAGUCCACUUUUUAUUUCUUAGUAUUUUAAUACAUUUAACAUUUUCAUUUAGCCGCUAAUGUUUAAGUACAUAAGACAUAAAAAGAUCAAUUUAUCUUUAAUAUUAUUUUUUUUUAAUAUUAAAAUAAAUAAUAUCACCACUGGUACUAUCCAUAUCUAGGUAGGGGUUAAAAUAUAAUCGAUUAUAAAGAUGUAUUUUAGGUUUAUUACUACUAUUUAGCAAAUCAUCGAACCUGUUUUUAAUUUAAAGUUUAUUAAGUGAUAAAACCUAACAAGAAAACUAUUUUUUUAAAUUAAUAUUACUGUAUUUAUAUACAUGUAUACAUAUAUUUAUACAUAUAUGUUACAUAAGAAAAGACGACUUACUGCUGAUCGACUAUUAUUGUUUAAAAUAAUGGAGGAUAAUAUAUGGAUUAUUCAGAAAUACGGUUUAGUUUUAUCAAUAGUUCUCAUUGGUUUUUAUGAGGACAACAAUAUCUGCCAGGUCGGUUAGCUAGCGAUAUUAAUAUUUUUUUAUAGACUAUAUAUGUAUCUUACAUCAUUUAUACGUCUAGAUAGACUAUGACAGUUGUGAAAACGUCGAAAAAAAUUGAGUUUAGACUCUACUUUGACCAAUUCACGCACACUAAUACAAAAUGUCAUACAAACCACGAGUGUAAGACGUAGCUUGUCACGCACACUAAUUUAAUAUUCCUAGCAUGUUUUUAACGGUUGUCUAACAGCAAGAGACUCCAUCUAUACGUAUAAACUAUCUAAGUUAAGUAUCUACAUCAAUACUAUUUCGUAAAAUAAUAGUAAUAGGUACCUACGAUUGCAACCUUAUAACUUAAGCCUUACUUAAGUUUGUAUCAUAGGACUGUGAAAUAAUAGUAUAUUAUGAUUCAAGUGAGCUAAGUAGCUCAUUAUACACCAGGCGGGGGGCUGCAGCCCGAGCAUCACGUGAGGGCGUAAAUCAGCCGAGUGUCUAGUAAGCAACUUAUUCACGAGUUUCAUACGCACAUUUUCAACACACUUGCAAGAAAAAAAAAGCAAACAAGUAUUUCAUUAAUCGUUCAAACAAAGUAUGACAAUUAUGGGAAAUGGCGCGCAAGUUUUUUUUUUAUGCGCGCGCCAAGUGUAAGGUGAUUAACAUACAGCCAUACUGCCUACUUCAAAAUUAUAAUUUUAGUGAUAAAAUGUAUAAUUAUAUUUUAUAACAAAUUAUUGUGAAUUAUAAAUUUAGUUAAAUGAUUUAUAAUAAUUAGGGACACAUAUUUCAUUUAUUCCAAAAAUAUAAAUGGAUAUUCAUAAAACCUUUUUGUUGUUACCAAAAAAAAACUUUAUUACCCGGCUAAAUUGAUAAUGCUCUGUUAUAUGAGACUAGCUCAUACAAUUUGCAGUUAGGUAGUAACUUUACUUUGUUGUGAUAAUUCUAUUAUGCACUAGUGUGUAAUAUUAUUAUGCACGUGUGUGUUAAAAUACGGUUUAUGACCCUAAGAACGAUGUUAUAAGACUCACUUUUCAAGCAAGUGUGUUCAAAAUAAAUAAUCUGUGAUAAUUAAAUUCUAUCGUAGAUAGUAUAAUAUAUAUAAGUCAUUAUAUUGUUCUUCAACAGAUUUGUUAUCAUAUUUUAUAAUAUUUUAUCAAUAACAUGAUUUGUAUCUGAAAUUAUCACAAAUAAUCGUUGAAGUCAUCGUCCAUUUUAGUAUCACUCCACCUUGAUUGUCGAUACCCGGAUUCUUCAAAAUAGCUUUUGCAUUAAAGGCCGGACCGCAUUAGAGCGGUGCUGCGGUACCAAAUAUCACUAUUUGCUUCCUCGUCUUCUUAAUGACUCUGCACAAUUUCACACUGACUUCAGAAUGUCGAAGACAAAAUUCUAUAAAUUGAACAAUUAGCACUACGCAUACUGAAGCGACGCGCCGUUUUCUGUGAUGCACUGUGAAUCGCGCAGCGCGUCUAAUUAAUCUCUCGAAGGCACUGCCGAGACGCGCUGUGCCGCACAGUGCAGAUCCGCUCUAGCACGAGAUGCACCAAAUGAAAUGAUUGAAAUAAUAAUUCGAUGCUUUGUGCUGCGUAGCGCCGCUGUAAUGCGGUCCGACCUUAAUUUGUAAGUGCUUAAUUUCCUAUACAGAAAAUAUUUUAAGAUUGAAAUAAAUUAUUUUAUCUAAUUACGUGGUCUGAAGGAAUCUGGACUCUGCUUUUCAUUUCUUAUAAGAGGAGAAUAAAAACCGGAUUGAUUUGUUUAAGAAACAGUAUCUUAAUAGAACAUAAUUAAUGAUUAAUUUUCGUAAGAGAGCUAUUAAAAGUUAGAAUUAAAAUUAUUAAGUAUGAAAUGGAAUAGAUAGUUCAUUCCCGGUGUAAUAAAUUUGGAUUAUUUUAUUUCGAGAAAUGUCUUGUCGUUUCCGUUCCUGGUAUAGAAAUCGUUUUACCUUACCCCAGAUAGUCCUGAUAGUCUUUAGAAGUACUAGAUUCCGUGUCUUUUCAUUAUAGUCAAUUUUUUUAGAUAAUUUAUACGUCUAGAUAGACUGUGACAGCUAUGAACAGACAGAAAAAUAGUUGCGAAGAAAUUACAAUUACAAAGUUAGCAUUACGAAAACUACAUUAACGGCCGUUUUCAAUAACGUAUCUCUAGUUACGGAUACCGUCUGCUGUCACCGUUUAAUGACAAGAUCUCAUCUAUCCAUAGUUAUGUCAGAUUUAGUUAUAGUUCAAUGCUUUAUGUCGAUAGGUUAUUGAAAUGUAAUUAAGCGUAAAAGGAAAGAUUUGUCUUACCUCUAGUAAGUUAAACUAAGGAUACAUAGGUUAUAGAAAACGGCCGUAAACUGGUUCGCUAUCUGUCUCUACCUAGUUCACUUUCAAAAAGUGAACUAUGCAACGCGUCACAUUGAUUUUUAUCAACAAAUACGUAAUUGUGUAUUUAGAGUAAACCAUUUCGAGCAAACAACUAGAACUGAAGGAAAACUCUGCCUAAUAGACGCGUAGGCAGAGUUUUGCUUCAGACAAUUUUUGAGCGUGAUUGUGAGUAGUUGUUAAGCGUACGUUAAUGGUGUAAACUUGACUAUUUGCUAUAGAUAGCCAUAGCUACCGUGUAGAGUAAGUAGUGGUCUGAUGAUCUUAAAAUUUGUAUAAUAAUGUUUUCAAUUUGAUUCUAAAAAGAAUUCCAAAAGAAUCAAUUUUAAGAUAUAACUAAUGUCAUUAAUAUUUCUUAGAAGCGUAAAGCGAGCUUUAUAUUAUAAUGGUAAUUGUAUCAAUAGCAUCGAAUUAGAUUUUACACUGUCUUAUAUAAAUGCAUAGCAAAUGAGUAGGUAAUAUUAAUAAUGUAAAGGUAUGUUUUAUGAUUUUAAGUAGAUACUAUAAUUGUGCUAUUGUCCUUACUGUGCUUAAAAUAAUAUUUUAUAGUUUAUAGAGACUAUCAUUAUGUUAAAUAAAUAAAUACAAUUUUGUUCCGAAUAAGUA